CAUCCAUCUUCAUUAAUUUGUAUACAGUUCUUUUACCAGAACAAACUUUCUGAAGGUACUCGCAUGGGAAUGCUGAAACAGCUGCACAACUUUUAUUUUGAAGAAAAAAAGUUGAGCCUCGGAACAGUGUGUUUUAAAGAGCGAGGGAGAGAGUGACUCUGCAUUUAAGACUUUGACCAGCAUGUGUAAGAAGUGCUCGCAUGGCUGGAAUAAUCUAACACAUUUUUACCUAGGUAGCACUUGGCAAAGCUCCCCUUUUUUUCCUGCACAGUUGAAAGGAAUCCAGUACAACUCCGUGCUUUGAUCAACUUGCCUCCAGUUCUGCUCAGCCUGCAGGGUUUGCUGGUGCACAGCCGUGCCUGUCUUAUGUGGCCUCUAUGGCCCUUUUCUGCUCAACUGUCAGAAAGAGGGAGGGAGGCUUCCCCCAGCACCAAAAUAUCAUUCUGUGUGCUCUCUGCAGCACAGUAGCAAAGAACAAGUUUCUUGAUUACUCCCUGGUCUUUUUGGAGUUAUUUGCUGGAAGAAGUCUUUUUUCCCUCUUUAAAUGGAUGAUUGUGUUACAAUCAAGAAAAAGCAUCUCCAAAGACCAAUCUUUCGAUUAAGAUGCUUAGUGAAGCAACUGGAGAAAGGUGACAUCAAUGUGGUGGAUUUAAAAAAGAACAUUGAAUAUGCAGCAUCUGUGCUGGAGGCGGUUUAUAUUGAUGAAACCAGGAGGCUUCUGGACACUGAGGAUGAACUUUCGGACAUCCAGUCGGAUUCGGUCCCGCUGGAAGUGCGAGACUGGUUGGCUUCUACAUUCACGAGGGAAAUGGGAAUAGUGAAGAGGAGACCUGAAGAAAAGCCCAAAUUUCGAAGCAUUGUGCAUGCUGUACAGGCUGGGAUUUUUGUAGAAAGGAUGUACCGGAGAACUUCUAGCAUGGUUGGUUUGGCUUACCCAGCAGAAGUGAUUGUAACAUUUAAGGAUGUUGAUAAAUGGUCUUUUGACGUAUUUGCCCUAAAUGAAGCAAGUGGAGAACACAGUCUGAAAUUUAUGAUGUAUGAGCUGUUCACCCGAUAUGACCUUUUGAACCGUUUCAAGAUCCCUGUUCCCAAUCUCAUUACAUUUGCCGAAACUCUUGAGGUUGGUUACAGCAAAUACAAAAAUCCGUAUCACAACUUGAUCCACGCAGCUGAUGUUACUCAAACUGUGCAUUACAUAAUGAUUCAUACUGGUAUCAUGCACUGGCUCACAGAACUGGAAAUUUUAGCAAUGAUUUUUGCAGCUGCCAUCCAUGAUUAUGAACAUACAGGGACCACAAACAAUUUUCAUAUUCAGACAAGGUCAGAUGUUGCAAUAUUGUACAAUGAUCGGUCUGUUCUUGAAAACCAUCAUGUAAGUGCUGCUUAUAGACUAAUGCAGGAAGAAGAGAUGAACAUCCUGGCAAAUUUAACCAAAGAUGACUGGAGGGAGUUGCGCAGCUUGGUCAUUGAGAUGGUCUUGUCUACAGAUAUGUCGGGUCAUUUCCAACAAAUUAAAACGAUGCGACAUACUCUACAGCAGGCAGAGGGGGUAGACAAAGCCAAAGCCAUGUCUUUGAUUCUACACGCAGCAGACAUAAGCCAUCCAGCAAAAUCCUGGGAACUGCACUACCGGUGGACCAUGGCCCUGAUGGAAGAAUUUUUUCGACAGGGAGACAAGGAGGCUGCUUUAGGUCUUCAGUUUUCCCCACUCUGUGACCGCAAAUCUACUUUGGUAGCUCAGUCCCAAAUAGGUUUCAUUGAUUUCAUAGUAGAACCAACAUUUUCUCUUCUUAUGGACUCGAUGGAGAAAAUUGUUAUGCCUCUUAUAGAGGAAGCAUCAAAAUCUGAAAGUCCUGCAUUUGGGACACCCGGCCAGAAUAAUUUGGGGGCAGUAAGCAAUGUUGAUGCACAAAGACGACACAAUUUUAGAAGUACAGCAAGUGAUGGAGCAGCUCACAUGGAAAAUUCCCUAGCAACUGUAGACCUAAGAAGCUUUAGGGACAACUUGAUGCAGAUAAUUCAAGCAAACAAAGAAAGAUGGAAGGAAUUAGCAGUAGAAGAAGAACUUGUGAAAAAUGUUGAUGAACAGGAAAAAGACCAGAGCAGAAAUUCCACAGAUGCACAGUUACAGGAAGAGACAAGAAGCAGACAAAAUGAGAGUAGUCAGGGAAGCGAUGGUACAGCCUGUCCUCCCAGACCCAUCGUCCUACAAGUAGUCACUUCCAACACUGCUCUGAGUGAUGAAUCCAACUCAGAAAAAUGCACUAACUCUGAUCCGAACCAGAAAGAUCUCACCGAUGCCCAGCAAGAAACACAGAAUACAGACCCACUGAAUGGUGAGCCUACACACUGUAAGCAAACGGAAGAUAUAGUAAAAGCCGCGGAACAGAAUCAAGCACUGAAGAAGAGAGCACUGUUCCUACCUCCAUGCUCUCAGAGGCUGUUAUCUGUCAACUUACUCUCAGAUCAUCUUGUUUCGGUGGAGGCUGGGCAAAAGGAUCAAAAGUGUAAAACAUCAAACCCUGAGCUGGGAACUCAACGCACCGAACAACUCCCAAGAUCUCUGUCAUAUUUGUUGUUGCUUUUUCCUUUUCUAUUCUGCUUUCUUAAACUGGCCAAAAUAAUUUUUCCAGCCAAAGUUGGACCUUGCUUUGUUGCAUCACUGACACCAGCCGUUUCCAAGAGACAUGUGAAAAUAUGUUAAAGAUCAUCUGCACUGGAUUGCUAUUCCAUGUCACUGCCGCUGGCAUCUAAUGGAAAUGGAAAGCCAAAACAAAAUACUGUCACAGACACUUGUUCAUGCAAUCAUGCUGCAUGCAACAUGAAAGUUCUACUUGUUAGCUUCCUUAAAAUAUCUGGAAAUGUAAAUAUGUGGACGGUGCAGGAAGUCCGAGAGUUGUACUAUCUAACCUGCAUGAAUAAUGACUCUUUCCCAUGUCUGCCACGUGGAGAGAGAUGGUGUUUAACAAAUCAGUAUUGGAAAUAUCACCCAGUAUUAUGAUUAAAACAUACUCAGCCCUACAGUGUUUGUCAGAUGUCGGCGCUGGUGUCAGCCCUACUACGAAGCUGGUGCUUAUGGUUUCACAGGCAGAAAGAGACUGCUACACAGAUACACAAAAAUUGCUACCCUCCAGCAAAGCGUAGUAUUGUCUCUCAGACAGAACUGGAAGGUAAUAUUGAGGCCUUAUAUAAUGAGUUUGCUCAAAUGAAAAGGUGACAGCAUGGAUCUGACGAAGUCCUCCCUAGCUUUGCUUCGUUCAAACACCAGAGCAUCUUUCUCUGAGACGCAGCACAAGUGGAGCACACAGGCACUUACCUCUGCCGGAUGUCUUGGAAUGAGCCCUGCAGCCCAGCUGUGCCUAGAAGAGGCUCCAUGUUCAUCUCUGCUCCUGCUGAGCCUUGUGGGACCUCGUGCAGCCUGCACCCAACCUCACUUUACUGCAGCCAACGAGGAACCUUCCUCUCUCCUUUCACCUUGUACUCUCCUGGUUAACUUGGGUCACUGCAUUCCUUUUUUUGGAUCCUGUGUAUUACCUCGAUGACCAAGUCUGCAGUCAGCCAUGGGCCACACAAAGGCGGGCUUGUGGGGCAGCAUUGCUCCCCGCUACGCAGAGCCCUGGAUGCUCAUCCGCUGCUUCAGGAACCUAAUUAUAGCUUCCCAUGUACCACAGGCUCAGCCUCCAGAGAAUGUGUUUUGUCCCAGCUGAAGGAGGAGCAGUAAACCAGCCACCCCACACGUAGGGGCCUGUGCGUCUCUUUUCCUUUGACUGUCUCCUUUCUGACAGCAGAGUCAUUGAAAUUGAGCUGGGAACAAUAUGAGCUCUGAGCCCUGGGAUAAGGGCAUGCCAAAAGGUGGAAUUUCUGUCGUUGAAUAUGUAAGCCAUAUACACACUAUGCACAGUUAGAGUGUGUAGUUUUAACUUAAGAAAUGUUUGUGCAUAUAGGUUGUAAAAAGUGCAUUUAAAUUGUUUUGUGUAUCUGGUCCAGGGCUUGUAUUUGGCAUGGACAAAGUUCUGUACAGUGCAGCUGAAGAAUGAAAUGUUAACAAAUGAAAUUGUAUCAUAUAUGUUAUAAUGCAAUUGAUAUUUUUUGCUAAGAGUUAAGAAUUUAUAUAUUCUGGCAGUGUUUGAGCAAAUCCUUAGUAGCCUGGAUCACUCCAUGCACCUCUGAAUCCAUUAUGGGGAAUGUUGGACACAUUUUUUUUCUUUAUAAUGAAAUAUUUCUUAUUGUUGUCACACCAAAAGAGAGACAUCGUUUAUAUCAGACUUUUUUGUUUUUCAUUGCAAAUUGCCAUAUGCUGUGUUGGUAGAAAACUUUCCUGUUUAAGAUCUGAUAUCUUUGGUCUUGUAUCUUUUCUUUCAAAACACGGGAUCUUAUUUCAGAUAUGUUGAGCAUCUGUAGUUCCCACCAAAUUUUAAAAGUGCAAAAAUUGAGAGAGAUAUUUAAAAAUUAGGCCAGCUAUGUCUUUGUCUGUAACAGUGCAUUCAUCAGCAUUGUGAUUUGUCAUUCCCUGAGACCAAAACUUUGGAGCAACCCAAAUUUAAUGUUUGUAUUGUACUUUCAAUUUCAGACUUCUACCAUAGCUGAACUUGACUUUUUCUUUCUGUGAUUGAUAUGCUAUACAAAAGUCUUCUUCUGGAAAUACAAGCAGAACUUAUAGCAGAUUCUGCAGAACACUGGGAGCAUCCUGCGGGGCUUUUGGUGUCCUGAUGUCCUUCAGAAGGUAGGAGGAGCUCCUGAGCUCACAGGAGGCACGCAGUGCCUGCUUAACUCUUUGUAUAAAUAAUUCUGCUUCUUCAUUUUUAUACAGUCUUAAUCACUGUGGUAGGUGUUACUGAAAUAGAAGAGUCCUUAGUUUUCCUUUAAAGCCAGAUAACUCUCUUUCUUUCUUCCUUUAUUCUUAGCAAGGUUUUUUUCCAGACAAGACCCAAAGCUUAGCGUGUUGUUUGGAUAAGGAGAAAUUUACUUUGGCUGAGGAGACCAUAAUCAUUGUGUGUCAGUUAAGGCUUUGACUGUGUGUGGAAUUCACACUCAGAUGGCAGAGCAGCUUUCUGUGGGGGCCUCUCCCAGGCAGGACUUUCUCUCUGAACCCCGUAAGGCUGCGCUACCAAAGCAUUGCAUGGGGCCAUAAGAACUGGUGUUUGUAUCUGCAUCUCUCCCACAACAUUAUGGGCAUGUACCCCUGCAUUGAGCACACUGAGGAGCUGUAGCUUUAGAUUAGCCCUCAAAAUUUUUAUUUUGUACUUUUAUCUUGAGAUAUCUGAUAAAUAUAUUAUGUAAUAUUGUUAUGGUUUAUGAUCUAGCCAGUAUUUUUUUAUUUGAUUUUCAACAAGGCAAUCUACAACUGUGUGUUUCUAUUCUGCUGUAUUUGUCCGUAUUUCCUAUGAUGAUAUUCCUAAAUAAAUUUGAUUUGAGGGCAAAGAUCAUGAAGCUCCUGAGUGUUAGUUACAAAUCUGCCUGACUGAAGCAUUUGCUUUUUUGCAUAAAAUUGUCUCUGAAAAGUGGCAGAGCAGAGCUGGCUGUUCCUGUGCCCAUUGCCUGCCUGUCACUCCAUGCUUUGUCCAUGGCUGUGCCACUUUGCUGCACCAACUCACUUGCAUCCUUGUGGCUCCCUUGACAACACUUUCUCUCAGUGUGCUUUACCUUUUUAACCUUUACUACUCAGUCAGCCCUCAUAUGAAGGAAAUCAUAACCAGUAAAAAAGUAUUGUUUCCCAAAUCUUUUUACCAUGGGCUGGCACUGUUGAAAUUGCUGGUACUAUUCAGGUCAGCACUGAUUCUUCAGAAUGGGUUCAGUUUUCAGAGGCAACUCUAUGGCAUGGUGCAGGCUUAAUUAGCAGAGUUCAGUGGAGCAGGGCCUCCACCUACUACAACUGGAAAUGAUUGGAAAGAAUCCCAUUGACUUAGACUUGUAUUACACUCUCACAAGGUGCAUGAUGACAAUAAAUCAAGAAUAACUAUGCCAUAUCUAGUUCUUUGCAGCUCCAUUCAGCUCUCUUCAGCCACGUACUCGGGUGACUUUCAUCUGUUGCAUGUAAGCCAAAAGACAAUCAAGCCGCUACUAAGACAUCAAAUUAACAAAUUAAUCAAGAUCCCUAGUGGAAAUGUAUAGAAUAUAUAUUUUCAGUGACUACAUCUGAGAAAGAGUAAAAUAUAAUAUUAACAUUCUUCGAUAGCAGAUUAAAAAGACUUAAUAUUGCAAUAGUUUAGACAAGAUUUGUUUGAGAGGGGAGUGUAUCCAAUUGUAAAUCGUUCUUUGAAAAUCAAAUCCUUCAAAACCUAAAAAAUCCUAAAAAUUGAGUAGAAACAACAUUUAAUAAUGUAAAGAAAAGAAAUGUCAUCUCUCAGAAACAUUUAGGCAAUUUCCCUGGGAUAAUUUUGCUUUCCUGGUCAUUUAAUUAUUUAGUGGGUCUCAAGAGACCUCUUGUCCAUGUACCAGGACAAACACUCAGAAGUUUUACAGAACUCUGGGCUUCUAAGUAGUCCCCUGGGAAUGAAGAGGCUACUCACAACCAAAGAGUAAUAAAUGUGGAAAAAAAAAAAAAAAAGAACUGUGCUGCAAAAUACACUUUCCUUCUGCUCAAGCAAGUCCUUUUCCUACAGGCCAUUCUCACAGAGCAGCAAAGGCACUACCAAUAAGACGCGGAGGGCGUAUAGCUCAGCUCUUCAGUCAGAAGGAAGGGAAGCAAGUUUUGGUGUUCGGUAAACUGUCAGUAAUUUAAGUAAUUAAGUUGCUGAAGCAAAUUCAACUUUGCAAAAAAACACCAGCAACAAACACAAAACAAUCAAACAAAAGUGUCUCAACGAACCAAAGAACAACCAGCCAACCAAAAAUGCCACUCCCCAAAGCCUAACCUCGAAAAGAUAGUUGGAAGUCUGUUACCAACACUUCUUACGUAAGGAUUGAUUACUGUUGGAGAACUUGUAAUUAGCUAUUGUUAAUUUCUCUGUUUUCAGCUUCUUUAUUGAAAUUUUAGCUGUUUUUAAUUCUUCUAUUGAAAUUAUUCUUCCUUUUUCUUUGAUACCACUCUCCUCUGAGAGAGAGUUAUGUUAUUCUUUCCAGUCAAAAAUGAACGUUUGCCUCUAUUUCUUGAGGUACUCUGGUACUGUUCAACUGGAAUGAAUGGCGGUGAAUUUUUGGUGAGCAUUGUGACUUAAUAGAUGAUGUAUCUUUUUUUCAGCAUUUCUGUAAGAGGAAGGCUCCUAUUUGGCUAGUUGCAAGGUGGUUUGGAGUAGGACAGAGCUGUGACUGCAGCCAUAGGUAGAUCUGAUGGACAUGUGUGUGUUCACAAGCAAAUAAUGGGCAUGAGACCAGGGCUACAGAGUUGAUAUUCCCAGCAAAUUAGAGAAUAAAAAUGACAUGAGCAAUUUAAAUAUUAUUUAUAAUUGACCUUCAUGUCUGUUUUUAAUAUUCAAUCUGCAGAGUGUUUAAAAAAGCAAUUAAAAGUCCUAUAUAAUGUUAAAACCCCUGAUAAAUGCAAUAAACAAAUGACAUAUUCCAAAGAGAGAAUCUAUGUCCCAUUAGGAGAGAAAAAGAAAGAUGAGAGCAACAUAUGGCAGUAUAAUUAGCAUGAUUAGGGAAGCACAUCAAUAGAAUUUAUGCUGCAGGGAAAAUGUAAUAAGAAACCAACACACUUUCCUCACUGCCUUGAAAACUGCAAAUAUCGCUCUCUGAAAGGGAGAAGAUGCAGAAAGACUCUCUGGCAUUUAAAGCUCUAACUUGUGUUCUUCUGAUUAUUAAAGAUGCACACAGCCAUCUGCAAACCAUUUAUUUUUUGCAGAGUGCACAUUGUCCCAUUGCUUUGAUUAAUAAGGAGCAAUAUUACACCUCAGCUGCUUUUCAGAAAGAUGCUAUUUUGGAAACCUAAUUAAUACUCACUCCACUGUUAGCUUGAGGUGUUCGUUAGUGCCAGAUACUGAGUUCUUAUUUGUUUCUCAUUAUGUGGAGAGUAUUGCUUCUCAAUGCCAAGGUUUUUGUUUUGCACUUUGGAAUAACCUUUCGACACCACUGCUCCCCAGCCCUCCCUUCAGAAGAGCCAAUAACACCUGUCAUCAUUAUUUUAGGAUGCCCAUUAUGUCUGUCAAAGACAAUGGGGCUAUUUAAAUAGUUAGACAGUCCUGAUGCACAGCAAAUAUCCCUGCCAUUUUCUGAACAGUUGGGCCAAAGAGAAAAGAAAAAUUUAGAAAUGUGGCAACGCAGUUGUAAUUUCAGCUCACCACUAAGGGUCAGUAUAUACCAAGCAAAUGCAUCAUUACAGGAUUAAAACAGUCAGUUUCUCUUAGCAGGAGCACUGGAUAUAUUUGUAGAAAGCACAGAUUACUUUAGAAGCUACCAGAACCAUCCAAACCUAUAGCAGAAAUGCCCCUGCUGUUGGAAGUGAACACACAGACUCCAUCAGCCAGCUCUCCUGUGUCUGGAGACCAGCAACGUGUCACCAGGUGGCCUGAGGCCCAGUGAAGGGGCACAGACACCUUGCCUGAUAUCUGCCCAAGGUGCUGCUGCUGAGGAUGGCCCUGCUGUCACACCGGGGAGAGCAAUGAGAACACCACAGCACAAGAGACGCUGAACAUCAACUCAAUUGCCAAAUGCCACACUCGCUUGAAAAGGUCAAAUGUAAUUGCAUGUGUGACGAGCCUACAGAGCAGCUGAGACUUCUAUUGCAACUCACCAUUGUGCUGAGUAGCUAAAGGAGAGAAAGGAAUAGGUAACAGCCAUACACACACAAACAGAGGAUGUAAACCCUAUAAAACCAGCAGUGGAGAAGGUGUCAGCUGUCAAUCCAGUGCAUGGCCAACUUAGUGCAGAGUUCCACGUGCCACCUGCAACUCUGUCUUCUACAAACCUGCCAGCAGAAAGUUUCACCUCAUGUCAGAAAGUGUCACCUCAUGUUCCUCAGCAAUAAGGCCUCACAUAGAAAGCCCGUCUCACCUAUGUAAGAGAAAGAGAGGGGAAGGGGAAAGGAAAGCUGCGCAGUGGAAAGAGAGGAGAGGAGAGGAGA